CUGGUCAACAGCGUCACUAGCCAAGUAGCAGAAACAGGUCGCCGAGAUGCGUUGGUUUGAGGGAUCAAUUCCUGAUGCCAUUAACUUGGCUAAACAGCGGGGCUUCGUCUUUGUCGUGGUCAUUACAGGGGAAGAUGAACAGUCGGUGCAGCUAAUGUCCAGCUGGGAGGAUGACAGAGUCUCCGAGGCAGCACGGAACUGUUGUGUGGCCAUCAAAGUUGAUGCCAAGAGUGACGUAUGUGUGCAGUUCUCCCAGAUCUAUCCAGUGGUGUGCAUACCAUCUAGCUUUUUUAUUGGAGAGAAUGGGAUUCCUCUGGAGGUCAUCGCUGGAAGUGUGUCUGCUGAAGAGCUGAUGAAGAGAAUCAACAGAGUUAAUCAGAUGCACGCUCAGGAGGUUGGAGGUGGGACCAGAGUGUUACCAGAGGCAAGUGGUUGUAUAGGGACCAGCCCACCUGACAGGACAGCCACAGAACCUGCCUCAGCUCUAGCAGUGCCUGCUAUGUCAGAAGCAGCAGCCACAUACCCUGCAGCAGUGACAAAAACAACAAAAGCAUCCCUCUCAAGUGCAGUGGAUAAGGACAACCUUUUAGCCACAGAGUGUAUUGCAGAGACUGCACCUUCUGACUGUGCUGCUCAGUGUUCUGAGAGUGAAGAAAACCUUGACACUAAGGUAGAAAGAUUAACCAAGAAACUGGAGGAGAGACGGGAGCAAAGGAAGAGAGGAGAAGAAGAGAAUGAAGUCAGAAAGGAAAUAGACCGGCGAAAGAUGGGUAAGGGCAUGCAAGACUUUAAGAGGAAACAGGAAGAGGAGAAGACCAAGCGACUCCUGGAAGAAAGGAAUAGAGAGAAGGCAGAGGAGAAGGCUGCCAGGGAGCGAGUCAAACAGCAGAUUGCGAUGGACCGAGCUGAUAGAGCAGCUCGCUAUGCCAAAACCCAUGAAGACGAAAAGGCUGCCAAGCAGGCCAUACUGCAGGCCAGACAGGCAGAACAGGAGGCCAGAAAGGAGGCAUUAGUCAGGGAGAGGAGUACUAUAGCAAGGAUACAGUUCCGCCUCCCAGAUGGCUCAUCCCUCACCAACCAGUUCCCCUCGCAGAGCAAACUGCAUGAGGCUCGGCAGUUUGCUGUUCAGGAAGUGGGAAACCGCUAUGGUAACUUUUCCCUCGCAACCAUGUUCCCGCGCCGGGAAUUCACCAGUGAAGACCUGAACAAGACCCUGCUGGAACUGGAACUGGCACCAAGUGCUUCCAUCGUGCUUCUGCCGCAGUCAGGCAGGCCUGCUAACACAGUGGCCCAGUCCUCUGGGGGUGGUCUUUGGGCAGUUCUGGGCACACUCCUGUAUCCGUUGCUGGCUGUUUGGAGAUUCCUCAGCUCUUUCCUGUUUGCAACCCCUCCUACAUCGGUAGCAGCAUCCAGAGGCCCUGCUCAGCAGUCUAAUCCCUACGCCAACUCAACAUCAGCUUCCAACAAAGCAAAAAGAGAAACUCUGUCCAAGCACACACUGGAGAACCGGCCCAAGGACUUCAAGAAAGACGGUAAAAUCUGCAGGCUCAGGACUCAGGAGGACAGCGAGGACGACAACAACACCUGGAAUGGGAACUCCACCCAGCAGAUGUAGUGAACUCAGCAGCAGCAGUUCUCUUUUCCUCUCGCUCUCCUGCUGUAAAUUAGUCCAGUCUGACCAGUUCAAGAUUUCUGCUGCACUUAGAGUUGAACCUAAUGUUUUCUCUUUUUCUUGCUGUGUUCUAAGCCUACGCCCCUGCACCUUGCUUGCAUGGGUAGAUCAGUAAUAAUCAACAGAACCUCCUUUGGGCUUAAGCUUAGUGUUUUUGUGUUGAUUAUAUUAUGAUUCUGUCUUCUACACCAGGCUCAGAUUGCAGUAGACUGAAAACCCUGUGACCAAAAUCCUUUUUGUUUUGGAUUUUGCCCAUAGUUGGUCAUUGUGAAAUACAUUAGACAGGUUUAAAAGUAUCUGAAGGACCUGUUGUAUCUGGCAGCAAAAUCUCUGUAAAGAGCUAAGUGGCAGCAAAGAAUUGACCUAAAUAUCUUGUAGUCUGAGCCUGGCUUUACUUCAUGUUAUGGAGUCACUGCAUUUGGGGCGUUUAAAACACAAUUGGCUGAUUGCCAGUCAUUCAUCAGGAUGAUUACUUAACUGUGGAAUGAAGAUUUUUUUUGUUUUAGAUGUAUAAAAUAUUUCACCCAACAGCUUGCAGCUGCUGGCAGAGGAAGUUACAUCUAUCGAUGCUGAAGGUCUACCAAAGUGGUGGCACUCAUAUACACUCACACCUGGGUAGUACGUGUUUCUACCAGGUUGAUAGUGGGUGACUACUGUAGUACUCCUCCUUCAACAAUAAUUAAAGCGGCUUGUUUUUUGAAAUCUC